AUGGUGCAAAAGAUGUUUAAGGUGAAAAAAUACAUAGAGCAGGCUGGUUUAUAUGAAGAUGAUCUAAUGAGUAUGCUAAAGUUCUCUGUCAAGAAGAUGUAUUUGUUGAUGAGAGGUGUAUUUACGAAGGUGCCUUGGAGAAGAAUGGUAUGCAACAAUUAUGGUGCACCAAAAUGGAUCUUCAUUUUGAGAUUGGCAGCACAUGAGAGACUUUACACAAGAGACAGGUUGGUGAAAUGGGGAGUGACAAAAAAUCCUGACUGUCCACUUUGCCAGAAUGGUUUGGAAACUAUAGCGCACCUAUUCUUUCAGUGCACAUACUCAGCAACAGUUUGGAGGGAACUACUAAAGUGGCAAGGGAUUCAGAGAUUACCCAUGGAAUGGACUCAGGAACUAAAAUGGGCAAAUGAACAUGCAAAGGGAAGGAACAACAAAGCAGAAGUAUAUAGAAUGGUGAUGGCUGCAAGUGUCUACCAUAUAUGGAUUGAGAGGAAUAAUAUGAUCUUUCAAUAG